GUCGACCUUGGAGCCCUCUCAGUACAACAACUCGGCCAGAUCAAGAAACAGCUCGAUGAAGAAACACAAUCCCUGACAAACUCAUACGCCCAACUGCGCGCCGCCCAGCAAAAGUUCCGCGACUGCAUUGGCUCAAUCGUCGCUGGUGUCGCAAACUCAGUCGCCGACAAGCCGCUGCUGGUUCCCUUGACAUCCUCCCUCUACGUCCCUGGCACACUAGCAAGCACCGAGACCGUCUUGGUCGACGUUGGAACCGGUUUCUACGUCGAAAAGACCACCGAGCAGGCAAAGAAGUUCUACGAGGCCAAGGUGGAAGAGCUGGGAAAGAAUGUCAAGGAUCUCGAGAGUAUUGUCCAAGGCAAGAACCAGAACUUGAGGUUGAUUGAAGAAGUCAUGCGUCAAAAGGUUCUCGCCAGCAACCAGGCUCCAGGAAGCGCCUCCGCCUCGUCAUAA